AUGGGAAGCUCUUUCUCAAAACUAUUCUCAAAAUUGUUUGGCAACAGAGAAAUGAGAAUACUAAUGCUAGGUCUAGACUCUGCUGGCAAGACGACAAUCUUGUAUAAAUUGAAGUUAAAUAAAGGUAUAACUACUGUACCCACCGUUGGUUUUAACGUUGAAACUGUCACGUACAAAAAUAUUAAAUUUAAUGUUUGGGAUGUUGGUGGUCAAGAUCGAAUUCGACCCCUAUGGAGACAUUACUUCUCUGGAACGAACGCUUUAAUCUUUGUUAUUGAUUCCGCUGAUAUUGAUCGAAUCGAAGAAGCUAAAAGUGAAAUGUACAAAAUCAUCAACGAUAAAGAAAUGAAAGAUGCUCUAUUACUAGUCUUUGCAAAUAAAAAAGAUUUGCCCAAUGCUUUAAAACCGCAAGAAAUUACAAGGAGAUUAGAAUUGGAAAAUUUAAAAGAUCACAUUUGGUGUGUAGUAGCUUCAAACGCUCUAAGUGGUCAAGGUUUAAUCGAAGGUUUAUCUUGGAUAUCAAAUAACAGUAAAGAUUCUGGAAAUUAA